AUGACACAAGAAAAUUUGCAGAGAACUAACAAUCGCUUUGCGACCAGCACUUGUGCUGAAUUUCAAGAAGCAAAUGGCAAUCCAAUAUUCGGCUGUCAAGUCAAUCCGCCAACCGGAAACGUUUCGUCAUGUGCAAGUGUAGCUGCAUGUAGUUCAAGUGUUGCCAAUUAUUCUGUCUCAUCAUUUUCGAGCUAUCAAAUAAAAACGAUUAUUGGUGUGACCAAAGAUGGACAUUUGAUCUAUCGGCCGUAUUUGUCUGCAGGCACACGUGUGACAUCAGGUUUCGAUGCUUAUAAUGGAAUAUUUCAUGAUUCAAAUGGAAAGUAUGCUUAUUUCGCAACGUCAACUUAUCCCUACCUAGUAGGUUGUUUUAGUCCCGUAAAUUAG